AUCUGAUCGAGCCGCGUCGUUGUCGCCGGGAUCUCCUCCACUCGACGAGAUUUGAAGAAUCCUCCCGAGCAUAGUGGAGUGCGGCAGCUGAGACAAUAGAUAUCGUGUGUUCGAGAACCUCUCAAUACAUUCAGCGGGGACACUCGUUGGAAUUUCUUAAUACCUCGGUUUUCCAUACGUAUUUCGAGCCCUGAAUAUGUCUUUCGGCGGGCGCGGACCUCCGGAUAUUCAUGGAAUGGUCUCUCUGAAAGUAGACAAUCUGACCUACCGUACAACAGUAGAAGAUCUCAAAAGAGUUUUCAGGAAACAUGGUGAUGUCGGUGAUGUGUAUAUCCCUCGGAAUCCGCGGAACAAUGAAUCUCGAGGUUUCGCUUUCGUGAGAUUCGGAAACGGACCCCCUGAUAUUCAUGGCAUGGUCUCUUUGAAAGUUGACAACCUCACCUACCGAACCACAGUUGAAGAUCUCAAACGUGUAUUCAGGAAACACGGUGAUGUCGGUGAUGUGUACAUACCCCGUAAUCCGCGAAACAAUGAGUCUCGCGGCUUUGCUUUCGUGAGGUUUUUCGACCGGCGCGAUGCCGAAGAAGCCAUGGACGCACUCGAUGGCUACAGACUUGACGGUCGUGAGCUCCGCAUCGCCAUGGCCAAAUAUGCGCGCCCGGGUGGACGCAGUGGCAGAGAUCGUUCGAGGUCGAAGGACCGUCACAGCCGGAGACGUAGUCGCUCUCGAUCCCGGGAGAGACGCAGCCGAUCCCGCUCUGAAACUCGCCGCCGGAGAUCUCGUUCCAACUCAAAACGACGGUCGACAUCCAAGGACGAUGAGCGCAGUGACAGGAAAUCCGCAUCUCCUGCUAAGGAGAGGUCUCGAGAACGAUCCAAUGACGAGACCGCUCUGGAGAUCGUUCCAGGGAAGCAUCGAAAGACAGAAGCGCAUCCCGAGAGGGUAGCGUCGAGGAUGACCGUAACGGAAGGAAUCGCUCGCCCGAGGACUCUCACGAUGACAUGGACGACUGAGCCGCAGGGACCGAAUCGAACCCACGGAAAAAAAAUUCGAGGAACGAUUGUCGCACGAUGAUCGACGCUCCGUGAACACCUCAUUUCAAAUUCGAUCUGUUUCAUACCGAUGGCAUCAGACCUAAUAAAAAUUCGAGUUCGU